AUGAGAACAGUGGUGGCCAUAAAUGGUCUAGAGAAAAUGCUGGUAGACAACGGGAGUUCAAUCAACAUCAUAUAUAGAGCUACUUUUGACAAAAUGGAGGUUGACCAUGAGCUAACCCCAAUUACCUCACCCCUAUACGAAUUCACGAGUGAUAACAUCAUUUCACGAGUUAAAAUCACUAUAGCAAUGGAGAUAGGGAUGGCACCUUUGACGGCCCACCACUUCAUGGAAUUUCUAGUAGUAGAUUAUCGCUCCGCUUACUAUGGGGUAUUUGGAAGGCCCAAUCUGAAAGAAUUAUGGGUAGUUACUUCUAUCUACAACCUAUGUAUAAAGUUCCCAACAAAGAAUGGUAUCGCUACGAUCAGGGGCGACCAAAGAAAUGCUAGGAAAUGUUAUUCAAAUUCCAUACGAAAGGUUGAAUCAAGGAGUAUGAAUGUUAUAUUAAUGGACAUUGACGAGAUUGAAGACCUUAAACAAGGGUACGACGCCUCUAAAGAAGAGGCUACAGCUCCAGUCAAAGAGCUGGAAAGCUUAUAUUUGAUCCUCAAGAUCCACCAAAAUCCUUAUAUGGUGGGAAUCGAUCUGAAUGUCAGUUGUCACCAUUUGAAUAUUAAUCCUAAGGCCAAUUCUCACAAGCAAAAGAAGAGAGCCCUAAAUCCUAAAACGAUCAAAUUCCAAUAUAUUUUGCAGAUAAAGAACAUACAUAUUUUAUUAUUGACCAAGCUUAUAUUGUUACAAAGUGAUACCCUUCAGGUUGAAAAAUGCCCAGGCCAUCUAUCGAAACUCGGUCAAUAA